AUGCAAAAAUCUUUGCAGGGACUCGACAACACUACAGUAGAAGGGACGGAGGCCAUAGACAAUGUCACUGACGUGCUUAAGACGCUUGGAGACUAUGGAUCGGAGCCUACCUGGGUAAAGGAUGCAGAACAAAAAAUCAAGGAGGCAAAGAGAUACCUUAAGACUGAGUUUAAGUCCCAUGUUGGCAGAGAGGAAACUUGUGCUGACCACUGCACUGCACAUGCCCUAGGUGACACAAGUGACUCCAACCUGCAAAGCAUAUGUCAGCACGAACAUGAAACUGACUGCGAGCAAUGCGAAUCAUUAGAGACAGUUUUGAAGGAAAUUGAAUCCGAGAUCAACCGUGUUGAGAUGCCGGAGGAGCACAGAUGGCGGUUAAGCCACGACUACAAACUCUGUUUGGCAUCUAUCCAGGACUGGAAGGCGCAUUUGCUCCGCACAGUAAAUCAAGAAGAAGGAAAGCAAUUUGCUCUUGUACAUGUUGAUUCAGCUUCAUGUUUAAUCGUUAUGGAUUGGGCCAUGAACUACCUCCCACAACGUCAUCGGGAACGAAUGAGUGAUUUCUUCGGAAAACGAGGACGACCCGUGUGAAAUACCAUUCCAUGGAAUUCCAUGGAAAUCCAUGGAAAUCCAUGGAAAUCUAUGGAAAUCCAUGGAAUUCCAUGGAAAUAGAUGGAAAUCCAUGGAAUUCCACGGAACUUCCAAGGAGUAUCCAUGGAGUUCCAUGGAAUGCCAUGGAGUUCCAUGGAGUAUCCAUGGAGUUCCAUGGAAUGCCAUGGAGUUCCAUGGAAUGCCAAGGAGUUCCACGGAGUUCCAUGAAGUAGUGAUGGAGUUCCAUGGAAUGCCAUGAAAUUCCAUGGAAUAUCGUGGAGUUCCAUGGAAUGCCAUUGGGUUCCCUGAAGUACCGAUGCAGUUCCCUGGAAUGCCAUAGCAUGCCCAUGGAGUUAGAUAGAAUACCAUGCAGUUUGUAUGAGAAAAUCCAUAGAAAUUCAGUAAUCAAGCAACUCAUCAACUUGUUAGCCACAUGUUCAAGUCUGCACUUUUUAUUGGAUAGAAAAAUAGGAAACAUUUGAAAGCUUUCUAAAAGCAAAAUAGCUAGUACGUUUAAAUUACACAGAUAAUGCAAAAGUAUAAUGUUCACCGAUGCUGAAAGUCCCAGUGUAAGAAAUUUUAUUGCUAACUAUAAGGAGGAAUCUUUUGUGUGCUUAAUAAAAAAAUGAUCCUGUUAAAAAAAAAUAAAUAUAGAAAAUUAUUUUUUAGUAGGGCUGUCUGCCAUUUAUCUUUUAAAAUCAGAGUUGCAUUUAAAAUAUGAGAAGAUCACUGUUAUUAACAACAUGCAGUUGCUUCAUUACAUUGUCACAGUGCCCCUAUUCGUACAGGACCCUUACACCGACGUAUAUCUGCUAUGACAUACAGGAUCAAGUCUCUACUUGAAAUUUAUAUGAAAUUUCUGAUCAACAAAUUUCCAUGAAAGUGUAAGUCUCUUCAACCACUGUUCCAUUUUUAACGAAAAAUUUCAGUGGCAAAUUUUGAAAAGAAGAAAAAUUCGAUGUGGCAAUUAAGAUUGAGAACCGAUCCAGGGGCGUAGAAACCGUAAUUCGUAGCGUAACCACUCUACCGCGGAGUAGUAACUCGCUACGGUGGAGUUUGAUUUUAUUCAUAUAUAAUAACAACAACCGUAACCCUAAUUAGAGGCUAACCGUUUCCAGUCAGUGCUUAAAUAGACCUAAUCAGUUUAGUCGGAAUCCCGUAUGAAUAGCAAAUACAAGACGAUGUACGGGUCCCGUACUUAAAUAGCCAGUACUGGAAAUGAUCCCACUAGGCACAUUAACUCUUCUCGGUAUCGAAGUGUGUUUUGGUUGAGAGCUAAGAUUUUCCCUAUUACUCGAGUCCAACCUGAUUGAUGAGAUUGCUUUGUAUGAAGUAUUUCGGCGAACCUACACAAGCAAUAUUAGAGUUUUUUUGCCGCAUCCGUGGAUAGGCUAGUCUGCUUCACAGCCGUUUUUAGUGGGAAGGAGCGUUGCGUGACGACACUAAGAACGGCUGUGUACAUAAGACUAUGAAUAUGCCUGCUGCCUUUUUUCAUAGGUUCCCUCACCUGGGAGAACAAUGCAGUAUUUUCCUCUCACUGCUUUACUCUUCGACAGCGUCGGAAUGGUACAAUUAACUCUGAAAGGGACCACAAUUUAAAGCCUUUAAAGACAGACAUCUCCACGAUCGUGCCGUGAUUUGACGCCAUGUUUGGUGCUUGAACUGGCGUCCAGACCUCUCCGAUUUGGGACUUACGCGAUCACGUGGGGCUUUUGAGCCAAUAGAAAUGCGUAGAAGAUCAGUUUUCUUGGUUCGAAUAUUUAGGCGGACUUCUGUGCAGUACGACAGUGUUGUGUAAACGGAUUGUUUUAGCGAUGAAUGCAUCCGAAAAAGAUGUUAUUUUCAACGCAAAAUAUCACUUGUGAGGUUGCUUACAUUUGGCUUCUUUCAAAUCGACUUCAAUUAAACA